AAAGAUCCCUAGUAUAAAUAGAAAAUGUUGCCAUGUCGUGCCCCUCUCUUCUCUUCGGUUUACCCUCCGCUAACCCUAAACAGUUUGAAUUUUAAUUUUCAAACAAUCUCUCUUUUUGUUACUCAGAGCCACUCGUUGUCCUGUCCCCCGCUCUCUUGCCCUCUCCAACCUCCGCUAAGGCUGUCCCUAUAUCAGAGCACCCGCAACCUGUCCCUUCUCGCCUAUCCGCCUCUCCCUUUCCACCCUCUACUCUCCUUAGACUAAGAAAACAUAAAUACAGAUCGACCAUCGACGUUUCCUUAGUCUCCAUUGGACCAAAAUAGUCUGUGUUUCCAUCAGACCAACGUUUCCUUGGCUUUUCAAAAUCAUUUUCACUGGAUCAACACAGUUGGUGUUUCAAUCAGACCGAUGUUUCCUCAGCCACUCAAAACCAAAAUAUGGAAAUAUAUGCAGCGACUCCAUACAGGAUUCAAGUGCAAAAAUCCUGCAUAGAUCUUCUGCACACAUUACUCUAUUGAGAGAUCCCCUACUAUAAUUCCUCAUUCCAUUUAUGUCAUGAUCUCCAUAAUUCCUGCAUCAAAUCAUGUAUAUAUAUAGUAAGAAGUAAUGGCCUGUAAUGUAUGAAAUGCCUAUUUAAAGGCACGAACAAUAUACAUAAUAGAAGUUCAGUUUUCCUACAUGGUAUCAGAGCCCUUUAUCACUAUGACAUCUUCUUCUUCAGUUCAAACAACAUUUUCUGCUUCUUCUCUUGAGACUACACUCCCAAAAUCACAUUUGCCUGAUAGCUCCAUCAAACUGGCUUCAAACAAUUAUCUUCUGUGGAAAGCACAGGUUCUCCCUGUUUUACAUGGUUAUGGACUCCUUGGAUAUGUGAAGGAUGAAGUCCCUUGCCCAAAAUCAACUAUCAUUGGUGAGAAUGGUGAGUUGCAAACAAACCCUGCUGCAGCAGUUUGGCUGCGCACAGAUCAAUUGAUCCUUGGAUGGAUCAACAGUUCACUAUCUGAUGGAUCUCUUUCCCAAGUCAUCAAUAGUGGAUCUUCGCAUGAUGCAUGGCAAGUGUUAGAGAGCCUUUAUGGCACUCACACUCGAGAUCGCAUCCAACAAAUCAAAGGCGAACUACAGUCUCUAACAAAAGGGAUUAGGAUUUGAAUUUGAUCCUAUAGUAGCAACAUUAAAUGCUAGAGACACUUUUCCAUCUCUUGAAGGAAUUAUUGGCAAACUUCGUGACUUUGAAAUUCGAAUUCAAGGAGCAAGAACAACUGCUCCCUCUAUGGCAUUUUAUACAAAUCAUGGCCACACAAACUCAAAGCCAUGGAUAAACACCAGCACUCGUGGUCGCAAUCAUCGCAGCUUUACUGUGAGAAAUCCUCCUAACAACAAUCUACUACGAGCUAAAGAGACUCGUUUUCCUUGCCAAAAUGGAAGCUUCAAUGGAACCUGUCAGAAACAAAUUUCACAUAACAGUAAUCGUAGGUGUGGUAGCAUCACUUGUUUUCGAUGUGGAGGACCUAAUCACAAAGCAGAUGGAUUUUUCGCAUCUAAUGAAGAAGCUGAUCAGUACAAGGCCUUUGCUGCAAUCAAAAUUGGUGAAACUGCAGAAGACCUAUGGUAUUCUGACACAGGAGCAAACCAGCAUAUGUCGUCUAACACAAAUGAAGUCCAAGGAACACUAGAACAAAAUGGAUUAGCCAAACGACGUCAUCGACAUAUCGUAGAAACAGGAUUAACUCUGCUAUCACAUGCUUCUGUUCCAAUAAAAUUCUGGACUGCAGCGUUUCGCACUGCAGUGUUCCUAAUUAAUCGCUUACCGACUUCAGUCUUGGGUUACAAGUCACCACAUGAAGUGGUUUUUGGCUCUGCUCCUACUUAUGACUCCUUCCGAGUGUUUGGAUGUUCCUGUUAUCCCUUGCUGGCACCAUUUGGUCGUUUAAAGUUGGAUUUUAAAUCCACACGAUGUGUCUUUCUUGGUUACUCUACCAAUCACAAAGGCUAUAUCUGCUUUGAGCCAUGGACACAUUGCUUCUACAUAUCAUGCCAUGUGAAAUUUAAUGAACUCCAGUUUCCAUACAAAUGCAUGCAGCCACCUGAUACACAUGCCUCUCAGUUGUUUCAAAUUAAGGCACUUCCUCGACUACUCAAAACUGUGGCAGAAAAAUCAAUUGCCACAGCUACACAAGUCAGUUCUCAUGAUCCAACAACAAUUGUUCCACAUACUGAAACUGCUCAAGAAGCUUCAGCAUCUCAAUCUACAGCUUCUGCUUUAUUAUCUCAAUCUGCAGCUUCUGCUUCAUUAUCUUCAUCCACUGCAGUAGAAAAUCCUGUCCCACCAGUGAUUUCUCUUGCAUCUGCUCCACCUUCACAACGACAACAUCAUAUGAUUACACGCACUUAGACAGGGAAACUAAAACCUAAGGUCUUUAUUUCUUCCCGACAUCCUAUCCCCGCCUGUUUUAUUGCUGAUCUUGUUGCCCAACCACAGGAGCCAUCCUCAGUUCAACAAGCUCUCCAACAUCCACAUUGGAUUCAAGCAAUGCCAGCUGAAAUGGAUGCCCUUCACAACAACAAAACCUGGACCUUGGUACUUAGACAAGCCAACAUGAAUAUUAUCAGUAUCAAAUGGGUGUUUAAAAUCUAAACAUGAUCUGAUGGUUCCAUUGAAAGAUAUAAAGCUUGGCUGGUGGCUUGUGGAUUUUCACAGCAACCAGGACUUGAUUAUGAUGAAACAUUCAGUCUCAUGGACCAUUCGGCUUAUCCUCACCAUUGGCUUGUCUCAUGGAUGGUUUGUCAAACAACUAGAUGUUAGUAAUGCCUUCCUUCAUGGAGAUCUACAGAAGCAAGUGUAUCUGGCUCAACCUCCAGGUUUUGAAGAUUCCUCUCAUCCUGAUUAUGUUUGCCACCUUCAUAAAGCUUCAUAUGGGUUGGAGCAGGCUCCUCGUGCAUGGUACCUCAAAUUUAGUAACUACAUUCAGCAAAUGGGAUUUACACGAUGCCCCUAUGAUCAAUCCUUAUUUUAUCUCCACCAAGGCUCAGACAUACUCCUUUUGCUCAUUUAUGUUGAUGACAUUCCUUUAAUAGGCAGCUCCUCUUCACAGAUUAUCAAGCUUAUUGCCUAUUUCUCUGUUGUCUUCCAUAUGAGAGACCUUGGUGACAUUCAUUAUUUCUUAGGACUUCAAAUUGCCCGUGAUGAGUCUACAAUCACAAUCACUCAAACAUGGUAUCUGCUAUCUCUUCUUUAGAAGUUUGGUCUUGAUGGUGCCAAACCAGUAAGCACUCCACUGGCAGCAGGUUCUUCCAUGUCUGCCACUGAUGGUGUUCCCUUAGCUGAUCCUUCUCACUAUCAUUGUUUGGUUGGUUCUCUGCAACACUUCACCCUGACUAGGCUAGACAUUUCAUUUGUUGUACAUCAUGUUUGCAGAUUCAUGCAGACACCUCGUGAUACUCAUCUUAUUGCUGUGAAAAGAAUUUUUCGGUAUCUGAAGGGGACACUCAAUGUUGGACUGCAUUACAUUCGCAAUCCUAUUUAUGAACUUCGUGGUUUUUGUGACGCUGAUUGGCUGUCUGUAGGGAUGACCGACAUUCCAUUACGGGGUUCGCUAUCUUUUUAGGCACAAAUUUGAUAUCGGGUGCUAUGAAACAGGCCACGGUGUCUAGGUCAACAGCUGAGGCAGAGUAUCGCGCCUUAACUUCCACAACAGCUGAGCUCAUGUGGUUCGUCCAUUUACUCAACACUAUUGGCCACUGUGUUCCUUCUCUUCAGCUCUAUUGUGAUAAUAUUAGUGCCAUCCAUAUGGCUAAAAAUCCAAUUUUUCAUCAUCGUACAAAACACAUUGAAAUAGAUGUUCACUUUGUUCGCGAACGAGUUGUAAGUGGUGCUCUUUCCUUGGCUCAUAUUCCAGGAUCCGGUCAAAUUGCGGAUAUUUUUACCAAAUCACUUUGCGCUGUAACGUUUAUAUUGAAUCACGCCAAGCUCUGCCUCGGUCCAGCCUCGCCUUGAGCUUGAAGGGGGAUGAAGAAAUAUGGAAAUAUAUGCAGCGAUUCCAUACAGGAUUCAAAUGCAGAAAUCCUGCAUAGAUCUUCUGCACACAUUACUCUAUUGAGAGAUCCCCUGCUAUAAUUCCUCAUUCCAUUUAUGUCAUGAUCUCCAUAAUUUCUGCAUCAAAUCAUGUAUAUAUAGUAUGAAGUAAUGACCUGUAAUGUAUGAAAUGCCUAUUUAAAGGCACGAACAACAUACAUGAAUAGAAGUUCAGUUUUCCUACAGAUUGAGUACUAAAA